AGCCAAGCAUUUUUCGUUUAAUGAAAAAAUUUUUGUAUUCAAAGUGAUUUUCAACGUCGUUUAAACAAGAAGUGAAAUUUUUUCAAACGCGCUGCCCUGUGUGUAAAAUAGCAAAAAAAACAAUUUGUGAAGAAAAAAAUAAAAUAUCUACAUUAAUUUUGCUAAUUACCUAUAAAAAAAGAAAAUUUUAACAUUUUUUAAAUUAAAAAAAAGAAUUAAAAACUAAAAAAACAACUAUAAAAAGCUAAAUAUACAAGUGUUUAAAAUAUUGUGAAAUUCUGCCUAAAACUUUUUUUGAGAAAAAUUAAAAAUCUUUUAAAAGUGUAAUAUUUAAAUAAGAACCUUUUCUCAAAGAACAUUUCAAAAUGCGUUGUUCUCCACAAGGAUUACAGCCCUGAAAGACGCCCCUGCUAAAAAAGAAAAGAUACAGAUUUUUUUUUACAAAAAUCUAUUCAUCUUAAACUUGAAAUUUGUUUAAUAAACAAGAUAAAUAUAAAAUAAAAAUUAACAUAUCUUAAAAAGCAGAUUUUUUUUGCUAACAAUCCAAAUCCAACGACAGACAAACAUGUUUAAUUUUCAUAAACCUCGAACUUAUCGCUCAACCGAGGGCUGUUGCAUUUGUAAAGCCAAAUCGAGUUCAUCACGUUUUACCGAUUCACGCAAAUAUGAACGAGAUACUAUGCAAUGUUUUGAUCUCAAAUAUCCACGACAGGGCGAAAUCUGUAAUGCCUGUGUUUUACUGGUAAAACGUUUUAAACGUUUGCCUGUAGGCAGUAAACGUAACUGGAGUCACAUUGUUGAUGCUAAAGCUGGCAUAGGGCCAGGUUACAAUAAAAUCCAAACAAAAUAUAAAAGUGAAAGAAUAAACUCAAGAGCAGCUGCUGCUGCAGCUGCUUUACAGCAACAGGUCGCAGCAUCCUCAUCAACGAGCAGCAAUAAUGCUGCAGUUAAUGGUAAUUCUCCAAAUGGCAUAAACUAUAUACCGGAGAAAUUUUCGAAAAUUUUUAAGAAAACUAAAAAACUUAAGGAUUCUUCUAUGAAGCGUAAAAACAACCACAAUGGUUGGUCUCACAGCAAUACACAAUCCUUGCCCACUACACCCGAUUCUUUAGACAGUGAUUAUGAAGAUUCUAGACAUCAGCUUAACUUAUCUGGUGGUGCGGCUGGAUCAACCGGCACUGGUACUAUUGUACAGUUUCAGACACAAACAAGAGCAUCUGCUUACAAAGCACAAGCAGCAGCCGAAGCACGUAAAAGGAUUAUCAAAUUGGGCACAAAACGGCGUAAAUGUUUGCCGCCUCGUAGAUUUAGACGUACAUUGGCACAGGAGGAAUCUGUGGAAUUUUUCGAUGAAGAAGAAUGGCAAGAACGAAAAUCGUGUUGUGGCAUGUUAUAUGAAUGUGCCGCCUUAGGAGGAGCUUUAAUAAUAAAUGCUGAUAGUUACAAGCCAUGUGAACAACAUCAACAAUCUUUAAGACUUUUAAACCCAGCAGCUGUAGCAACAACAUCAGCUUCUAGUAAUGAUAAUAAACAGUCUCCCUUACCGCUAAUACAAAAAUCUAUUAUACAAACCGUGCCGGCAGUAGUGCAAUUAAAGCCGCCAACUCCUACACCAGCGUCAACGUCAACGCCGUCUGUUUCAGUGUCAUAUACCAGCAGCAGUACUAAUCAUAAUAAUAAUUUCAAAACGGCCACAACUACCACCACCACACCAACACCAGUGCUUAAAAAACAUCAUUUAUUCUUUAAAAGACAAUCAGAAUGCUUUCCACAAGGUGAUCAUGUCACCCAUACAGCAACAACAACAACAGCCAACAGCAAUAAUGAUAGUAAUCACUCUACAGCAGCUCAUGUUGCCAACAUUAUUAAGACUGAGUCUGAAUUUAAUGUUCCACAGCAGCAAAAUAAUACAAACAACAGCACCACCAUACAAAGACACAUCGAAAAUGCCAUACAUUCUUCAUCUCCAAACACAAUAAUAACUACAAAUCCUUUAAUAUCAUCCUCAGCAUCAUUAAGCAUUUCGGUAACAACAUCCUCGUCAUCUUCAUCUUCUACAACAAUGCCACAAAUGCCUAAACAUUCCUUAGCUAAAGUGACUACCAUAUCGCCCCCACUAACAAGCACCACCACUACCACACUUCAUCAUCAACACCAGCACCAUCUUACAGCGGCCAAUAACAACAACAUCAGCAACAAUUUGGUUAAACCUAAUACAUUCUUGCAUAAAAUUAAGGCUGAUUCGACAGCUGCUGGUAAAGUUGUUAAGCAUUCACUGGAGAAAUUCAACACCGCCGUUAGGCUUAAGACCAGUGAUAUACACGAAAUGAAACCCAUUAUUCGAACUGUCGAUAAAUCUUACAUUUUAGCUAAACCACCAACACAAGCAAAUAUUAUUACAUUAAAUGCCAAUACUUCACAAGCUACUUAUCAGUCAUUGGCUGCAUAUAAUGCUGCCGGCCAACCGCCUCUAACAACGGCCUCACUAUCGGCCGCAUCACCCACAUCAUCGACUUCCUCUACAUCAUCUACGAAAUUUAGUGAUAACUCCUCGGAUUCAGGUUUCGAUGAGAAUAUGUUGGAUCGUAAAUCGGCUAGUCCUUUGCAAGAAGAUUGUGAAAAGAAAAUUUUAAGUCGUCCUGGUGUCCAGACAAUGUUUUUGGCCAGUGGUGUACAAAUUCAAGGUCAGCCACAAAAUCUAGUUUUAACUGGCAACGAAGUGGCAGCCAAGAUAUUACAAAGUCGUAAAUACAGCUCAAUUACUGCAAAUCCAAUUUCAACAAAUUCACGUUCACAUCAUCCCACCACAACAGCUGUAAAAAUUGCUCAAAUCUCAACAACAUCGUCCUCGUCGUCGGUGACAUCUGGUCCACCAAACUCAACUAUGAGUUCAGCAGCUCAAGCUAAAAUGCGUGCAAUAUACAAUAACAACAAUAUGAUACAACAUGAAAAUGGUAUAACAACAAUUGUGCCAGCCUCAUCAUUAGCGGCAACAACACAAACAGCAGCCAUGCAAAAUAUUGCACCCAGUACAGUGACUAUAACACCAGCACCACCCGUGGGAACACAAUUUAAUACACAAAAUGUUAUAUCACGUAAAUUAACAGCGGCCAAUAUAAUUAAUUUACAAAGCAAUACAACAAGCAAUUCUCAUAACAAUCAGCAGCAGCAGCAUCAUCAUCAGCAGCAGCAACAACAUCAUCAACAACAACAACAGCAUCAUUUAAGUAGUAGCAAUAACAAUCAUCAUCAUCUUAAUAAUAGCUCGACUAAUCAAAAAAUAAUUUUAUUAAAAACUUCACCGAAUAAUACAACCACUUUUACGGCAACAGCAGCCAAUUAUAAUACUCUGUCUGGCGGAGGAGGUGGUGGUGGACAUCAUGGAAACAAUGGUGGAGGUGGGCGUUAGGUUUAAAGUAAAUUUAAAUUUUACUUUAUAUUAAAAUACAGCUCCUUUUUUUAAAUGUUAACAUUU